AUGAAUGAUGAACAAGACGAAGAUGUGAUUUUUGAGAAUUCACCACUGUAUAAGCACAUGCGACUAGCUGGUAUGGAAGAUGUGCAAACAGAAACUGUACAGCAUGUUACAAAAAUGCCAGCAAGAAAACUUUUGAAACAGUAUUUUCAGGUGGAUUAUGCCAGUUUGUUUAUUGAUAUUCUUGGUAAAUGUUACCAAAGUGUUGUUUUUUAUCUCUCAAAAACAAAAUGGGGAACAGAGAAUCUGGAGGCAUGGUAUCACAUGACAACAUUAAAACAUGUACAGAAUUCAAAGGCAUUAGAAGAAGAGGAUUCAGCAUUUUUAGAGAAUUAUAUCAACUGUAAUGUAGGGGAAACUACUCUUACUGAACCGUCUGUUUAUGACUGCUUUAAAAAAUGGAAUGGACCAAUAAACUAUUUAUCUACUGGGUUUCUAGUCUAUACAUUAAUAUGGUGUACAGGUAUAUUUCCUAUCAACCUACGACCAAUGGCUGAUUUUCUAGCUGUAGGUUUCGGUAUUUGUAUGAUGAGUACAUGUUCCGAUGUUUGUUUCUAUUGGUGGAAAAGAAGAAUUUUCAUGGACACGACCUCGGCUAUUGAGAAAAGUAUGGACAUAAGUGAAAAGGUGUUGACAUUAACUCGACAAUCUUUACGAUUAGUUCAAGAAAAGGAAUUAGUAGCGAGAGGAUUUACUCUAGUAAGUCAAAGAGUAGCUGUGUCAGGAAUAGAACAGACAGCUUCAACUAAUUCAUACAAAUUAUGUUCUGAAUUGAGAAAAAACAAUUUUCAUGUGGCUAGAUCUGGAAUGUUGAUAUUUAGAGAAGCAACAUUAAAGUUAUUAGAACUUCAUCCAUUAAUACCUGAGGUUGAUUCUGUGAGUAAUUAUUUAGCUAGUGUUCCUCUAUCAGAUUAUGGUCCAUGUUUACAACUUAUAGGACAACAAGCAGAUGAUAGUCAACAUCUUGCUCAAUUAACUGAUGGAUUUUCAGUUGCUGCUCUCAGGGGAAUGAACCAGUUGUUUUCACUAUAUCUGUCUGAGUUUAUUAGACGACUUACACUUUGUUUUAUUGCUGAUGCUCAAAUACAAGGAUCCCCUGAACCAUUUGAUAAGCUCAAGGUAUUAAUGGAAGAGUUGUAUAUAAAACUAGAAAAGGAUCAUCUCCAAUUACAGAGAUCAUAUGAUUUUCAUAAGAGUAGCCCUUUAAACCGAGAACCAUCAAAACCAAAGUUUGAUCGUCCUAAAUCCAAGAAAGGAGAAUUUUAUACAGCUGUACAUAGUCUAGAUUUACAUCUACAGGCUGCACUUAUCAGAACACAAGAAUUAUCAAAACGAUUAGAAAAGGAAAUGAAUGAAGAAUCUGCUGAUUGUGUUGAUUUAUCACAUGAUAAAUCUGACCAAUCAAAACCCACUGAUGAAUCAUGGUUACAGGUGAUGAAUGAAGUUAAAGCUGAACUCGAGGCUUGCAAAGGAUGCUGGGAAGAGGGAAUUGGUCGCAUCAAGAAAUCUACCAAAAAUAAUGUGCCAAUAAGUCCAGUAGAUAAUAUAAAAGAAGUUUUAGGUGAUAAUAAAGUAAAAGAGGUGAUAAUAAUGGAUGCUGGUGAUUAUAUUAUAGAAGAUCAGGUAUUUGAAGGAUAUACAGAUGCUGAUAACAAUGAUGAUUUCACCUGGAACUGGGAACCAAUUCUAUCACCUGAAGAAAAGGAGAAGAAAAAAAGAGAAAAAGAAGAAGCCAAACGUCUACUGUCAGAAUUACGAUCAGUUAUAUCUGUUCGAGCUGAAGACCGGGAAAGACGUGAAGAAAUAGCUUUAGCAAAAUCCAGAACAUUGACUUCACCUGAUGAAUCUCGCCACUUGGAGAACUUCCAGGUUCAUUUGACACCGCAAUCUCAAAAUACUUGUACAGAAAAUUCAAAAUCGAAAUGUAAACCUGAAGCAAAGUCAGUUUUAUCCAAUUCUGAUAUAUUCAGCAGUACAAAAGCAGAGUUAUCUCCCUUAUUAUGUGAGCAAACGUCAAGUUUAAAUAUUAGUCCCAUUCUUUCAGAAGAUGAAAUGAAUUCAAAUAAAAUGGUGGGUAAUUCUAUUAGUGAAGAAAUAGAUGAUGAAAACCCAUUACCUGCUCAUCUUGCUAGGAAGUCUGACAUGGUUAAUUUAAAUAACAGCGCCACAUCUCCUUUUCCACAAAGAGGCAGAAGUGCUGCAGAAGACUCAUUUGUUUCUGUGAGUUCCCUUGAUAAUGAAAAGGGUAAUUCCAAUUCCAUCACUGACUUACAGAAUUCUGAUUCCAUACUGUCUACACCUGUCACAACGAAAGUACAAGGAAAAUCGUUCAGCAUGUCCGACUCAGAAUAUUCAACUACCUCCAGUAAGGAUGACAGUUGUCGUCAAAACUCUGUUGAUCUAGAUUCUAGUCCAGGUUACGAAGAAAUGAAAGCAAGCUCCUUCGACUCUGUGCAAGGUUCCAAAUCAUCAAGUGGAUUCUUUGAAGGCAAAGAACUAUCCCAGAAACAAAACAACAACGAAAUCCGCCAAAAUCUUGAUAAGACUUACGGCAUUAUUCGAGAAAAAGUUCCAAAUGAACCUGGAAACUCCAACACUGUAUCAAGCAAAUCUUCUAGUCAACCUAAAGACUCUGCGAUAAACCAAGACAUUUUAACCCAACAACAAAACUUAUCUUCUAGUUCUUCUCAAUUUUCAAAAACGUCCAAUUAUGAGGACAUUUCUGGCGUUCAAAAACUUGAAAACGAUUCUCAAGAUGGUUUGUUGCCUACUGGGGCUAAACAAUCAGACUGUGACAAUAUAAGCAGUAGUUUUUAUAGUCCUCUCACAAGUUUUACCGAUCAACUUUCAGGAAUCACUCCACUCGUAGAUUCAGAAGUACAAAGCCCACAACUAUUUAAUGAUGGCAAAAUGACCCAAAAAACCCAAAGUGACCCUAUAUCCCAUGUAAACUCAAACUCUUCCAAACUCGACAACCCUUCAAACAACGAUACUUUUCAAGUUAAAAGUGAUUCUUGCGAUAUUUCUGAAGCCGGAAUUUCAAACUUUGAUCUGUUUCAAAGUACAAAACCAGACAAUAUGUCAAUAUCUCGCGAUAAUGCUCCAAAUAUUGUAAAACCAACUUCUGCAGUUUCUGACGAUUCGGUGGAUUCAUUUAUCAGUCUUCAACAAAAUUCAUGCAGACCUUGUCUGGAGGACCCUACUCCAAACUCAAACCCUGAUAAUACUUCAAAUAAAUCCACAGGAAUGACAGUAACUAGAGCUACAGGCAGUCUCCAUAACAAUGAAAAUGAAUUGUACGAAACUAAAUCUCAACCAAGUAAUGAAGAAACCAAAUAUGAAAACCCAACAAAAGCUGAAAUUUUCGAGCAUGAACCAGAAGAAGAAGACCUGGAAAACACAGACUCCUCAGAACAGUGUCUAGAUGUAACAUCACCAGAUACAAGUUCAUCUUCUAAUGGAGAACCUGGACAAACCGAUCUUGAUAUUAGAAUAUCCAGACUGCCAGGUGCCAAUUUAUCUUUCAGUGCCAAUAUAGCAGCAAUGGCUGCAGCACGAUCUAUAAAUUUGAAUCUAAAUAUAGAUACAUUUGGUGAUUCAUCAAGCGAGGAUGAGGUGUGUGAAUGUAAGUGUGAUGAUGAUUGUGAUGAUGAAUCAAUAGAUGUUUAAUCUAUUGUGUAUCUGACAUCAAUCGUUGAAUAUUUAACUAGUCGAUACAUAACCAAUUUUAAAUAUUAUUGUUAUUGUGAUAAACAUCAAUCAGUGUUUAAUAUUUCUGUGACUGACAUUCAGUAGUUGUUAUCCCAUACAUGUGAUUAACAUUAACACAUGUUGAUAUUUAAGUUGUUGAUAUUAAUUCCACAUUGACAGGUUGACAUCAAUCCAUGUUUAAUAUUUAAGAGGUUGAAAAUUGACAUCAAUAGAUGUUCGAUAUUUAAGAGGUUGACAUCGAUUGAUGAUUUUUAUUUGAGAGGUUGACAUCAAUUGAUGUUUAAUAUUUAAGAGGUUGACUGACAUCAAUCAGUGAUUCUUAUUUAAGAGUUUGGCAUCAAUUGAUGUUUGAUAUUUAAGAGGUUGACUGACAUCAAUUGGUGAUUCUUAUUUAAGAGUUUGGCAUCAAUCGAUCUUUAACAUCUGCGUUGUCCACAUCAUAUAUUAAUAUAUAAUAUUUAAGUCUUUAACAUUUAGUAUUUGAGUAGUUGACAUCAGUUAAGGCAGUGGUUCUCAACCUUUUUUUGGCAACGGCACACCUUGGAACACAUGAAAAAAUAGCGGCACACCUGGCUAAAUAUAUAUGAAAAAUAUUUGAUUUUUGCUAAAUAAAAACAUGGCAAGUCAUAGAUCCGUAGACAGAGACUAGUCAUAGGAUGACUCUAACUAAAUAAAGAAAAACACAGCUAUGAACUUACCAGUAAACACUAGAGAAUGCUCAAUUGGGAUCACAUUGUUUUUCGCAUUUUAAUAGUGUGCCCUUCAAAAUUUCGCGGCACACUUAGGAAUAUCUCGGUGUGCUGCGGCACACUGGUUGAGAAUCACUGAGUUAAGGUUUAAUUUUAGAGUGAUGGAUAUCAAUAGAUUAAUAUAUAUAUACUUGUCACCAAUUCAUCAUUCAUCUUUAAAUGGUUGACAUCAAUCAAGUGUUUAAUAUUUGAGGGUUCCCGCGGCUUCGUCAAACAUUUUUUAAGGAUAUUCAAGGAUAAAUAUACGUCAAAUUCAAGGAUUUUCAAGGACAUUUUUUAGCCUAAAGUUACAAUUUUUCAUCUUAAAAAUAACCAAAACAUUACCAACUAUCGUUAUAAUCUCAUAUUUAAAAAGAAUUGAAGACAUUUGAAACAAAAUUAAGGAUCUCAACUGAAAUUCAAGGAUAUUUUCCUAUUUCCGCGAAAUUCAAGAAUAUUCAAGACCUUGAAAAUGAAAUUUUAAAUUUAAGGAUUUUCAAGGACCGCGGGAAAACUGUAUUUGAGUGGCAGACAUAAGUCGAUGUUCAGUAAUGAGUGAUCAACAUAAAAGAAUAUUUAAUUUUAGAAUGAUGGGCAUUAAUCAGUGAUAAUGCCUAGGUUCCACUGGGCAUUUUUUUGCCUCGGGGAUGUACUACCGAUGGAAAUUUAUGAGCCACGGAAGGUGUCUGGAACGGGUUCCUCGUCGUCCAAGGGAAACUCCAGGGGCAUCGUGAGCCACAUGAAACCAUUGGCAGGCCUGGGGAGAACUGUGAAAAAUUUCAAAGCUUGCAUUGUCGGGGAAACAUUUAAGAGAUCAGUAAUAUUAGAUUUUGAUGACAGCAAUUAAUGUUAAGGAUGUUGUUAAUAUCAAUCUAUGUUAAGUAUUUAAUUGUUUGACAUCAAUCAAGUUUUUGAUAUCAUUCUAUGUUAAGGAUUUAAGUGUUGUCAUUAAAUAAUUAUAUUUUACAAUAAAUCAAUAAUUUAAUUAACACCUGUUAAUUGAACAGUCACUAACCGCAGUAAGAAGAACGUUUAGCUAAUGUAGUAUAUUAGCAAUUUCGUAUUUCAUAUUUAAUGCUUUAUGAUUGGUGAUAAUUGAGUAAUACUUAAGAAAUGCGUCAUCAAGUUCCCUAUAACGUCAGGAUUGUAAAUAAAAGUCAUACAGUGCGAUUAAAGGUCUGAGUUUUGUUUAAAUUUUUGUAAUGAGGGCAACCAAAUUUUAAAAAAUAUAAUAUGCUGUUUAUAAACAUCUAAAUGAAAUAGUAAGGUCUGUUUGAUGGAAUAUAGGCAAAUUCUCUGUACUAUUUGACCAAAUUGGUAUAAUUUUUGCUGGGAAAUAAUGAGGUGUCUCAAGGGUAUUUGACAACAUAUAUUUAGUAACUCGCUUAUGGCCAUUUGUCUGUAAAUAUUAUAGUUAGGUAUUUUAGAAUUAAAUUAUUUGAUAAUAAGUUAUUAUCUAUUUUUUAAAUUUUUUAGUAAUACUUAUGCAUUUAAUAUUUUAAUAAAAUACUUUAGCUAAACUUUAAAUAAUGCAUGCAUGCAGCCAUAUUAAUAUAUUUGUUUUGUACAAUGUAGAUAGUUUUCAAAUGUAUUGAAAGGGUGAUCAGGAUUUGCCAAAACAAACACUUCUAAACUGAUCUUCCAUUGUCAGCCAAAUGUCCUUGAAUCUAGUAGAGGAGUGUAAAUAUAUUCUUUAUUAAAAGAUUUCAUUUAAAGAGCAAAUUCCAUUUACAAAUACAUGGUUAUUAUGUAUUACAUAUUUAUUAUUCCUUCAUUUACUUUUCUUCAAUCCUAAUUGCACUGAUCACAAAAAUAUUUUUUUACUGUACCGGUAAUUCAGGUAAUUUUUCUUGUGAACUCACUUGACAAACCCAAACCCACAAAAUAAAACACAUUCACUCAAUAUCUCAGUGCGAGUACCAUAGACACAUUAGCAGACACACAAUAUGUGGAAAGGCAGCUGUCCAAGCAAAAUUUCCCUCAUAGUACACUCCACCCACAUGUUCAUUAGCACAGAUAGCCAAGAACAUUGACUUAGUUAAAAUUUCGUGAAACAGGCCCUGGGUUGUUGUAGCUAGUUCAAGGGUUAGUGAUCUGAUUAUAGUUCCGAUGCUUCUGGAAAAGGUUUAACAAACAUUGAAAUUACAAAAUAAAAAUACUAAUGUCCAAAAGAAGUACACACUGAGCUUCUCGUCCUGCUUCAAACAAAGUCGUUUUUCCAUUGUAUGCAGUAUUUGGGUACAAUGUCCAUUUGUUAUGCCUUUUAUUUGCUUAGAAAUAUUGAGUUUGGAUGCACAAGACAUAUUCAGUGUAGUUUUAUCACAUUUUUUUGUCCCCCGCCUUUCGAAGAAAGCAGGGGACUAUUAAAAUGGGUUCGUCCGUCUGUCUGUCCGUCUGUCCGUCCGUCUGUCUGUCCGUCACACUUUUUGGGACACAAUAACUCUCUUCCUAAUUGAGCUAGAAUGUUCAAACUUGGUGUAUGUGUUUAUUAGGUCAAUGCCUUGAUGGAGUUCGAAGAUGAGCAUUUUCCGCUUAGGGUAAGCAGAGAUAAGCAAUUUGAUUGGUUGAUGCUUUGGGACACGAUAACUCUCUUCCUAAUUGGGCUAGAAUGUUCAAACUUGGUGUAUGUGUUGAUUAGGUCAAUGCCUUGAUGGAGUUCGAAGAUGAGCAUUUUCCGCUUAGGGUAAGCAGAGAUAAGCAAUUUGAUUGGUUGAUGCUUUGGGACACGAUAACUUUUAAUUGAGCUAGAAUGUUCAAACUUGGUGUAUGUGUUUAUUAGGUCAAUGCCUUGAUGGAGUUCGAAGAUGAGCAUUUUCCGCUUAGGGUAAGCAGAGAUAAGCAAUUUGAUUGGUUGAUACUUUGGGGCACGAUAACUCUCUUCCUAAUUGAGCUAGAAUGUUCAAACUUGGUGUAUGUGUUGAUUAGGUCAAUGCCUUGAUGGAGUUCGAAGAUGAGCAUUUUCCGCUUAGGGUAAGCAGAGAUAAGCAAUUUGAUUGGUUGAUGCUUUGGGACACGAUAACUUUAGUUCUAAUUAAGUGAGAUUGAUGAAACUUGGUGUAUAGUUUCAUUACAGUAAUACCUUGACUAAGUUUGAUAAUGAGCAUUUUCUGCUCAGGGUAAGCAGCAAUUUGAUUGGUUGAUACUUUGGGGCACGAUAACUCUCUUCCUAAUUGAGCUAGAAUGUUCAAACUUGGUGUAUGUGUUGAUUAGGUCAAUGCCUUGAUGGAGUUCGAAGAUGAGCAUUUUCCGCUUAGGGUAAGCAGAGAUAAGCAAUUUGAUUGGUUGAUGCUUUGGGACACGAUAACUUUAGUUCUAAUUAAGUGAGAUUGAUGAAACUUGGUGUAUAGUUUCAUUACAGUAAUACCUUGACUAAGUUUGAUAAUGAGCAUUUUCUGCUCAGGGUAAGCAGAGCGAUACGCAAUUUGAUUGGUCGAGACUUUGGAAAACAAUAACUCUCCUACUUUGAUUGUUAGACUAUAAGUAAAGAUAUACUGUUUGAUUGUUCAAUACUUUGUAAAAGAUAAUUUGUGAUAAAUUUAUAUGUGUCCUCUAAUUAUUUUCCUUUUCGGCGGGGGACAUCAGCCUCACUGUUGGCUUGUUUUUAUUUAAACAAAACUUGGUCAUAUUUUCAGUG